AUGACACGCACGUAUCUAAAAAAAGCAAUCGAUACGGCCACUACAACCUCGUCGUCAUCGCCCGACGUGCCCGUCAUCGUCAAGGACGUCAUCGACACGAUCCGUCGCGACGGCGAUGCGGCUGUGCGGCUAUAUAGCGAAAGGUUUGACAAGUGGUCGCCGGCCUCGUUCCGGCUCUCUCCGGCCGAGAUCGAGUACGCCAUAGCCCAGGUGCCAGCGCAGACGAUCCAGGAUAUCAAGGACGUGCAGGCCAACGUGCGGCAGUUUGCCGAGGCGCAGCGUCGAACCAUUACCGACUUUGAGCUUGAGACCGCCCCAGGCGUCUUUCUGGGCCAGAGGAACAACCCGAUCGAAAGGGUGGGAGCCUACAUCCCCGGCGGCCGCUAUCCCCUGCUCGCGUCUGCCCACAUGACCAUCCUGACGGCCAAGAUUGCUGGCGUCAAGUCUGUCGUCGCCUGCACGCCUCCGGAUCAAGGCCGCAUCCCGUUUACGACCGUGGCGGCCAUGCACCUCGCUGGCGCCGACGAGAUCUUUAUCCUCGGCGGCAUCCAGGCCGUCGCCGCCAUGGCUGUCGGCACCGAGACCGUGGCCAAGGUCAGCUUCCUUGCCGGGCCUGGAAACGCCUUUGUGGCUGAGGCCAAGCGUCAACUCUACGGCGAAAUCGGCAUCGAUCUCUUUGCCGGACCCACUGAGAUCCUCAUCGUGGCCGACGAGACAGCCGACCCGUUGCUCGUCGCCACCGACCUGCUCUCCCAGGCCGAACACGGCCCUGAUAGCCCAGCCGUGCUCAUCACCACGUCCGAGCAGGUCGGCCGUCGCACCAUCGACCACUGCGCCGCCCUCCUUCAGACUCUCGUUACUGCCCCUAUCGCCAGCGUCUCCUGGGGCCGCCUCGGCGAAGUUGUCCUCGUCGACUCCAUCGAUGAGGCUUACAAAGCCGCUGACGAGCUCGCCUACGAACACGUCCAGAUCCUCACCGCUUCGCCCCGCGACGCCCUCGACAAGAUGACCAACUAUGGGGCCCUCUUCCUCGGACCCAUGACCUGCGUGUCCUACGGUGACAAGUGCAUUGGCACAAAUCACGUGCUGCCAACACGCGGUGCCGCCCGGUACACCGGUGGUCUCUGGGUCGGCAAGUUCCUGCGCACCAUCACCUACCAGGAAGUGCGGUCCCCCGACGCCAGUGGCCGUCUCGGCCGUCUCUGUGGCCGAGCUGCCCGCACAGAAAUGUUCGAGGGCCAUGCCCGCUCCGGAGACCUGCGUGCUCAUCUGUACCUCGGCGACCAGUACGACUGGAUCAAGCAUGACUAA